GAUUAAUCCUUUAGCUGAUUUAUGGAUCAUCUGACCAGGUGGGGAUAACAUUUCCCUCACUUGUCGUAUUACUAGAAGCCAAAUUCACCUUCAAGGUUGUUUCCCUUUAACUCUCAAUGAGAUGGCAUGCUGAGUCUCCAUGUGAAGCUGUCCCAUAAUGCAACAUGAGUCCCCAGCACCUGCAGUGACGAUGAUGGCCACCCAGAGCGUUCCUCCUCCAACCUACCAGGAAAGUCAACAGAUGACGGGGACAACUCAGCAGAACUCCAAGACCCCACAGGUCCACAUCCCAGCAGCCUCUGCAGCAGGAAACACCUCUGUCAGCGUGACCCUUGACCCCCAGGCCCAGCUUGAGUCCGAUAAGAGAGCAGUUUACAGGCAUCCGCUGUUCCCCCUGCUGGCCCUGCUGUUUGAGAAAUGUGAGCAGGCGACGCAGGGGUCCGAGUGCAUCACAUCAGCCAGCUUCGAUGUCGACAUUGAAAACUUUGUUCACCAGCAGGAGCGAGAACACAAGCCCUUCUUCAGCGAGGACCCGGAGCUCGAUAACUUGAUGGUGAAGGCCAUCCAGGUUCUACGGAUCCACCUGCUGGAGCUGGAGAAGGUCAAUGAGCUCUGUAAAGACUUCUGCAACCGUUACAUCACCUGCCUCAAGACCAAGAUGCACAGCGACAACCUUUUACGUAACGACCUGGGCGGACCGUACUCCCCGACCCACACCAGCCUCAGCAUGCAGCAGGAACUAAUUCAGACCUCCUCUCCAUCCAUGACCUCUGUCUCCAGCUCUGUUAACUCUUCAGGGAUUGUGGUGCCCGCUGGAGGCCUGCAGCAAAGCAGCGUUGCCAUGACUACCAUCAACUCACAAGUGGUGUCAGGUGGGACCUUGUACCAGCCGGUUGCCAUGGUGACAUCACAAGGACAAGUGUUAACGCAGGCGCUACCUCCAGGAAGCAUCCAGAUUCAGAACUCCCAGGUAAAUGUGGACUUGGCAUCUCUUCUGGACAGUGAAGACAAGAAGUCAAAGAACAAGCGAGGGGUCCUUCCCAAACACGCCACCAACAUCAUGCGAUCCUGGCUCUUCCAGCAUCUCAUGCACCCAUACCCAACAGAAGACGAGAAGAGGCAGAUCGCUGCACAAACAAGUCUCACCCUUUUGCAAGUAAACAACUGGUUCAUCAACGCCCGUCGCCGAAUCCUUCAGCCCAUGUUGGAUGCCAGUAAUCCAGACCCGGCUCCAAAGGCAAAGAAGAUGAAGUCCCAGCACCGCCCGACGCAGCGCUUCUGGCCCGACUCUAUUGUGGCCGGAGUUCUGCAGACGCACCGAUCUCAGGCAGUCAACAACUCAGAAAACCCCCUCAGCAUGGACGGCCUGCAGUCGCUGUCCUCAGACUCUGCCACCCUGGCCAUGCAGCAGGCCAUGCUGGGAGCCGAUGACUCCAUGGACGGCACGGAGGACGACGAGGAAGAGGAGGAGGAGGAGGAGGAGGAAGGCAUGGAUGAAGAGGAGGAGGAGGAGGAGGAAGGAGAGGAGGAACAUGACAGAGGAAGGCAGCUGCCUGGCAGGGGAGGAGGAGGAAGGAGGGAGCUCAGCAUGGAUGCAGAAGACGAGCUGGAUUAGCAGGAUGAACUUUGACCCGAGCUUCCUGCUCCGUCACACCCACUAGCCUGGCUUCAACGCCGAACCGCCGCCGCUUCUUCAGGGCACGUUACGCCUUCAACACAGACGCACAUCCAGACGUUUAUCCGCUCUGCCAUCGGUCACGUGACAUUUGUUCAUUCUACGUCCUCAACGCAGUGAAGGUUGGCUUGAUUAGGGAAAGGAAAGGGAGAUCAGAACCUCCACGGGUUUGAAUUAUUUUCAAAUAAUUUCAUCUUUAGUUCUGGGAUAUAAAAAAAAAUAUUAAAAGAGACGCUGCAGAUUGAUGAGGGAAAAAAGUCUUUUUCACUUUGUGAGGAAAUGUGGAAACAGCUCCUCAUGCAGAUGUGAGAUUUUGGUGCCUGACGUUGGUUUUAAAAGGGCUGCAGAUUUAUUUUGGCUUUUCUUUCUUCACUGACAGGAAGAAGUUGUUUGAUUUAGCAGCAAAUGUGUCAUGUUUGCUUUCUAAACUGGGGGGGGGGGGGUCAAAGGGAGCUGGGAACAAACGACUCGGAGCCUCUCAGCAUCACAAGCAUGACGUUUUCAAACUUUCUCAGUUUGUAGUUUCUUCUUCUUCUUCUUCUUCGAGCCAAAAAAAAAAAAAGGAAAACCCAGACAAAAAAAGAGAGUUUGUUCACCGGUGUAUCCCGACUGCACAUACAGUAUGUAAAUUGGAUUCUUCCUCUGUUUGCAUCCCGAAGCUGAAGGUUUGCAUAUUUAUUCAGUUCUUCUGUGUGUUUGCCUGUUUCGUGCCCUCAGAGAGUAGCUUCAGCAAGGUGACUGUUUCUGAUUGAAAACGAGUGGCGCCGUGUGCGUAAGUGCUGGAAUCCAGGCGCGGAUUCAUACUGCAGACUUAAUGUAACAGCAGGAAUCCCUGCAGCAGCAGCAGACAAGAAACUGUGAAUCACAUCAAACUCUUUGGGGAUAUUUUUAUCCACAAGACAAACGAAGUCAGACUUUUCCAACGUGAAAAUGUUUAGAAAAAGACGAAAUAAACCCAACUCAUGUUAUAUUGAAUGUUCUGAUAGUUUAUUGUGAAGUAUUGCUCAUUAUUAUUCUUUUCUUGAUUGCCUUUUUUUAAUGGAUCUUCCAGAGCAACGAGGAGAAUAUUUCUAUUUCAUUUGUAUACUUUGUUGUCAAAAUCUAUUGUGUUUCAAUAGAUGGGUU